GAAACACCGAAAAAGUCCCCGUCUUUAUCAGCAUCCCAAAAGCUAGAACUGCAUUUGCAGUUUGCCUUCUCCACACCCCGUAAAGCUCUGUCUCUGUGUGUGUAUGUGUGAGAGAGAAAGAGAUUACUGAACAGCCCUUCUGUUUUUUCCCCUCAAUACAGCUGUACACCGAUUGACACACACACACACAGUAUACAAAUAAAGGCGCAAUCUUUACCAGCUCCAAGUACGAGAUUAUUGCCUGCACUUCAAAAUCGUAAGUGUAAACAACUUUGGCAAAAAUUCAGCAUGGCCAAUUUGAGCCGACUCCCAUCUUCCUCUUCUUGUACAACAUCCCCACAUUUCCAAUCCACGAAGAGAGCCAAGUUUUUCAACCUCAAACCAGUUUUCGCCGUCAGCUGCGCUUCAAAAUCGCCGUUCACGGAGAAGCACUCGGCCGAGAGGUACCACAGGGACAGCUGGGCGUACAAGGACCACCUGCAGCAGCAGCAGCCCUCGUCCUCCUGCCCGCUGCCGCCCGACCGGGAGGCCGUCAGGGACUACGACAUAGCUCUGCAGCUGCCGGAGCUGAAGAAAUUGCUCGAUGUGCUUAGGGAGAAGAGGGGGGAUGGAGGUGGUCCCCACGGGAAGGGCCCGGGGAACGUGUUCUUGGUGGGGACCGGGCCUGGGGACCCGGAAUUGCUAACCCUUAAGGCGUUGAGAGUGAUAAAAAAUGCUGAUCUUUUACUGUAUGAUAGGUUGGUGUCUAAUGACGUGCUGGAUUUGGUUGGGCCCAAUGCUAAGCUUCUGUAUGUUGGGAAGACGGCUGGGUACCAUAGCAGAACUCAGGAGGAAAUUCAUGAGCUGCUUUUGAGCUUUGCCGAGGCUGGGGCAAGUGUUGUAAGGCUUAAAGGUGGGGAUCCCUUGGUAUUUGGAAGGGGUGGAGAGGAGAUGGACUUUCUGCAACAACAAGGAAUUGAAGUUAAAGUCAUUCCAGGCAUAACAGCUGCUUCCGGAAUAUCUGCGGAGCUAGGAAUCCCGCUGACUCACCGCGGGGUGGCAAACAGUGUAAGAUUUCUGACGGGCCACUCGAGAAAGGGAGGUACAGAGCCUCUUUUCGUGGGCGAGCAUGCGGCAGAUCCCGACUCUACACUUGUCGUCUACAUGGGUUUAUCAACAUUACCUUCUCUCUCUUUGAAGCUGAUGAGGUGUGGUUUGCCGGGUGACACCCCAGCAGCGGCUGUCGAGCGAGGAACUACUCCUCAACAGCGCAUUGUGUUUGCUGAUUUAAAGGACCUUGCGAAUGAGAUCGCAUCGAACGAGCUGGUGUCCCCGACUUUGAUCAUCAUAGGGAAAGUCGUUGCCCUUUCGCCAUUAUGGCCAUAUGCUUCAAAAGAAACUUACACAUUGGUGGCGAAUUCAAGAUAGCAUCAAAGGAGAGAUUUUUCUUGUUUGGGGUGCUGACCAAAUGUUUUUUAGCCGAGUAACCUUUAUUCGUUUUCUCUCGUAUGUGGUCCGAGACGGGUUUUUUCAUUUCUUCUUUUAUUUAUUUAUUUAAUCUAGACANUUUAGUUGUUAAGGUUGAAAUUUGGAAUUGGAGCCUU